CUGGCACUCUGGCAAAACUGGCGCCCUGGCAAAACUGGCGCUCUGGCAAAACUGGCGCUCUGGCAAAACUGGCAAACUGGCGCUCUGGCAAAACUGGCGCUCUGGCAAAACUGGCAAACUGGCGCUCUGGCGAAACUAGCACUCUGGCGAAACUGGCACUCUGGCGAAACUGGCACUCUGGCAAAACUGGCGCUCUGGCAAAACUGGCGCUCUGGCAAAACUGGCACUCUGGCAAAACUGGCGCUCUGGCAAAACUGACACUCUGGCAAAACUGGCGCUCUGUCGAAACUGGCGCUCUGUCGAAACUGGCACUCUGGCAAAACUGGCACUCUGGCAAAACUGGCAAAACUGGCAAACUGGCGCUCUGGCAAAACUGGCGCUCUGGCAAAACUGGCGCUCUGGCAAAACUGGCAAACUGGCGCUCUGGCAAAACCGCCGGCGCUCUGGCAAACUGGCGCUAUGGCAGAUGGAUAAAAAGCCAAAAACGUACAUCAUUUUGGCGUAUGGCAUUCAGAGUCGUUAUAGAUGACGUAAGACAUAGUUUGUAUAAUUACCAUAUAUUAUUUAUAACCAGAAUAA